AUGUCUUUGCCGAGGGGCUUCGCCACGGAUGCCGCAUAUUUCGGAGCUGCUGUGGACUUUUUGCACCGUUAUGCGUGGAUAUAUCGCGAGUCGAAUACGUCUUGCCUCAAGUCACUCGAUGAGAUGCCUGGCUAUAUGAAGCAAUAUUUCCUGGAAUUAUCAAAUGAGCAGCUAAACAGAUUUCCAUUUGUGCAUGAGGCGCUGGAGGACUGCCCCGAGGAGGUGCUGCGCUUUCGCCAAGAGAUUGCAAACCUGACGCCCACUGAAGCAGCUGCCCCGGCUGCAGGCGAAUCGCCAAGAAAGUCAAAGAGAAAUAAUUGCAAAAUGUCAAUCAAGAAAUUGCAUGAAAUUGAUAAGUUGGCCUCACACAUACAUGAGCACUGUCCAGACACAGAGGGCAUCAUUGAUCUGGGGUCUGGGCUGGGCUACCUGAGCGAGGCGCUGCUCCAGUUGAGUGACAAUUACCAGAUACUCGGCCUGGAAGCCGAGGAGCAACGGAUACAAACAGCGCGAGAGAGAACUACGAAUUGCAAUUCGAUUAGCUACGAGCAGCUCCUCAUCACAGCCGACGCCAGCUGCUGCGCCCGCAUUCAGGAGCAUGCAGCUGCACUGGGGCUGGAGCGGGCGCCCACUGCAAUCGUUGGCCUCCAUGCCUGCGCCGACUUGAGCAUCAGCGCAAUGCUCCUGUUCCUGCGAAUGCCUCAAGUGCGCUGCCUUCACAUUAUGCCCUGCUGCUACCACAAGCUUGCGCUGAGUGAGGAUGGCGAGUCCUUCGUCAACUUUCCGCUGAGCAGAGCUCUGCGGGAGGCCAUGUCGGCUGUUGCUGCUCCAGCUCGCUGCUUCCAUCGACCCUUCCUGCGCCUGGCCUGCCAGCAGACCAAGUCGCGCUGGCAAAGCGACGCCCGGACACAUGUAGCGCAUGGCAGUCAAAUGUUUCAGCGCGCUGUGGCUGCAGCGCUCUGCGAUGAGCAGGAGUCGAGCAGAGUCAGGAGGCAAGGGAGGCCAGCGACUGACUGCCAAGAUCCGCAUACAUUUGCCAGCAUUCAGCAGAAAUAUCAGCUGCACUCACGCGAAACGGGGCUGGGCCUGGACUGGCGGCCCGUGCACGAGCGCCGCUUUGAUGCAAUUAACCAGGUCUAUGGCAAUGGGUGUGGCGCACGUCUGUCGGAGGCCUUAACCUGCUUGCAGGCGAGCAUCCAGCUGCUUUGCGAGAAUGUGCUACUGUACGACCGUCUGUGCUACCUGCAGGAGCUGGCUGCAGUGCAGCAAUUGGAGCUGGCGGUGCGCUAUGAGAAGCUAUUUGAUGAGAAGCUAUCGCCACGCUGUCACGUUCUGAUUGCCCAAAAGUUGUGA